GUGAAAUUUGAGGGAAAGAAGAAUUGUGUAACUGAGGAACCGAAAAGUCUUAAGGGCUCAGGGAGUGCACUGUAUUAAAAUUUGGCGGGACUUUUAAACACAUUCGAUUGAGCGACUCGCUUCCCUCGCUUCGCUUGUCAUGACUGCUUUGACGACGUUUUCGGUUUCCUUAGCAACCGCAAUCCUCGCGAUUAGUACGUAAAGGGCUUAAACGCACAAUACGUUUUAUCAAAUACCUUGAUAAGAAACUGAUAAAUAAGAGGUAAUCAUGGGUCCUAAAAAGAAGGGAGGCAAAGCUAAUAAGCUUGCAAGAAUGACGGACGAGCAACGAGAGAGGUACCUGCAGCAUCGGGCUGCUAUAGAAGAGGAGACCCGAAGGCGUAAGGAGCAGCUCAUAGCAACAUUUAUGCGCAAUAAACUGAAAAGAGAGGAAGCCUUCACCAGAAUUAAUUCUGCGAAAAUCAAUCAGCACUGGCGUCAUAUUCUGCGGAAAAUAAAAUGUGCUGAACUGAGGGAAGACGUAGAGAAUCUCUGGCAUAGUUUUGAUCGUGUUAUGGAUCAGAAGAAAGUCCAGAAGGAGGAAUUGUUGAGCAGUUUGGAAGUAGCUGAGCGGCAAUACUCAGAUACAUUGCAGUCCCACAUGGAAGUUGUUGAGCGGCUUAUAGAAGUGCAUUCAGAACAUGUUAACAAUAUGAAGGCAUUGUUUAAUGCUCAGCUAAUUGACCACCUGAGUAGCGCUACAGAUGAAAAAGCUUUAAUCCAUGUCAUGUAUGAAAGAGAAAACCAGAAGCUGCAUGUGAUACGAAUGGCAAUGGAAAUGGACUUUCAAAGUCCAGAGCGUCAGCUUUACAAGUAUGAAAAAGUUAAUAAGAUUUCUGAAAUGAAGAGAAAGUACAAAGAAGAUUGGGAGAGUCUCAUUUCUGAGAGAGAGCGUGCAUUAGAAGAAAUAUGGCAAAAAAUUCAGAACAGCCUCAACGCUUAUGCAGUUGAUACAGCCGCCAAGCGCAAAACUGUUCAACAAUUGCGAAAGAUGGACCAAGACUGGCUCCAAACAUUAGCGGACAUUGAGCGCACAUCUAAAAGAGUUGGUCAGAUGAAAGAGCAUGCUGAAAACAAAAUGAAUGAAAUAUCAGAAAACAACUCAAAUCUACGCAAGCAAAGAGAUUCAAUGCUCCAUUGUUUUAAAAUGCUAGUUGAAAGAGUAGCAAAAGAAAAAAAGAAGGAUGAUGAAAAAUUCCAGCAUCUUGUCAUUACAAGUGACGAAAUCCUUAAGGAUUUAGACAGGCUGAAGAACAAAGGGGAGAAGGCUCUUGCCGUGCUAGUCCUGUGUCAACGUUUUGAAUCAAAAACUGAACAAAGAGCAGCACUUGUAUCAUUAAAAUCAGAUUCAGCUGCAGAGAAGUCAGGACCAGAGAGUGACACAAAAAGUAAUUUCCUUGACUUGAGUGAUGAUGAAGUUGAAAGCAACAUGGUUGACUUGGAAGAAAAGGAGAUGCGUACCUUUGGCAAAUUGACAAAUUUUUGGAAGAAAUACAAUAAAGUCCUGAUUGAAACUACAAAUGCUAGGAUGCAAAGAGACAUGUUGGCAAUUGAAAAUCAGCAGCUGAGAGGCACAUUACAAACUUAUCUCACAGAAAUGUCACGUGUGGAUUCCUGUGGUGCACCAACGGGGCAUCGCAUCGCCACUGGCCGGCCUCGCACUACACAACUUUCAGGAUUUAGAACAACCGUGCGUAUUGCACAGAGACCUGUCUCUAGUAUUAGUUGGGGCCCUAGCAUAACAAGUCGUGCUCUCAGUCCCGGUUCAAGACAAAGUGUAAGUCGUACAAGUUCCGCUGCAGCUAAAGGAACAGCAACCAGUGAACAUUUGUCUAUAGGUUCUUCCAAUUCUGACCAAUGGUCUAUAUGA